UCAAAGUAUGUCAGUAUCGAACGUCAGUACAGACAAAUUUAUCCCAGACUUUGAAGUUUUAUUUUUCUAGUAUUUCAUUUUGGGUUUAACUUUUUCGAGUUUACGUCAAAUUCUUCAAAAUUGUUGAUUGAUGUUUUGCAAAUCGCCAGGAUCAAAUUAGUCUGACGGAUUUGAGGCGCCAGUUUUUUGGACCAACGCUGGAUGAAAGUGUUCUUUAUGGAGUCGACUGUUUGAGGGACUUAUUCUGCGGUAAUCAAGAUAACGUUCCACGAUCCAGUUCUAGUAGGGAACGUCGGAAUUCGAGCCGGAUAGCUAGUGAUUUGCAUAUGUAUCAAUCUUGUCGAGACGUUAGUCUUCGAGAUUCAGAGAAAGCUUUAGUUCCGAAGAAAGAACACGAUCACAUGGGAAAAGAGCUGAUGAACUCGCAUGGUCGAAAAUCAAAGUCUUCUAGUUUGAGUUCCAAAUCAUCGAAAAAGAAAUCUGUUUCCUCGGAAUUAGAAGCUCAGAAGAGAAAAUCCUCCAGUGACGAGCAUCAGAACAAUAAGUUAGCUCUCAAUGGAAAUUUGAAACAAGAAGUAAAGCGCAGCUCACUUACCAGUAGUGGUAACACAGAAGAAUAUGUGUCAUCUACGUCGACGGAAGAAAAAAUCUCAAGAGAAUCGUCCAAAGAAGAGAAGACUUCUGAAAAGAAACGUUCAUCAGAAUCAUCAUCGAUCACAAAGGAGUUCUCGAAGCCAUCUCAUCUUGAAAAACUUUCUUCAUCAUCCGAGCAAAGCCGCAAAACAAAAUCCUCUUCAAACGGAAGUAGCAAAAUUCUCGAGAAGCUGAAGAAAGACCUGGCCAACAGUUUUAUAUACGAGACGAAAACCAGUCCCCCAUCGGCACCGACGACACGUGGACGCCACACCCCCAGAACGGCGCGUCAUUCCACCCUGCGGUCCUCGUCCUUGCCGCCACCGAAAGCCCCGGCGAACGGCCGCCGACCCAAGCAGAUACGAACCAGAUGGGCCUUCGUCAAAGUGAACGAGUUCGAUGAUGGGGCAAAAACGUACGACGUGCUUCGGACCGACCUGCAAGUGGUGGACGUCGAGCGGCUGAAAGAUUCGCUGGGAGGAACAAUCGCCGCAGCCGACCUGCCCCCAGAAGCACCCACGGAGAUCGUUUUUGUCGCCCUGCCGGAUGGCUCCUCACUGUGCUAUCGGGGUAAACAUAUCAAACGAUGACUGUAGUCCAAUAUAUACGAGAAGGAACACGGA